GUCCUGCCUUUCACUGCCUGGAUCCUUUUAACAGUGUGCCAAAGAAGGACUCCAUGAAAGAUGACAGAAGAAGUUAUUGUUAUUGCAAAGUGGGAUUACACUGCACAGCAGGACCAAGAACUUGACAUCAAGAAAAAUGAGCGUCUUUGGCUAUUAGAUGAUUCCAAGACAUGGUGGAGGGUAAGAAAUGCGGCCAACAAAACGGGAUAUGUGCCAUCAAAUUAUGUGGAGCGAAAAAACAGCUUGAAGAAAGGUUCUCUGGUUAAAAAUCUAAAAGACACAUUGGGUUUGGGAAAAACCAAGAGAAAGACGAGCGCGCGAGAUGCUUCACCCACUCCUAGCACGGACGCAGAAUACCCAUCCAACGGCAGCAGCGCCGACCGGAUUUAUGAUCUUAACAUUCCAGCCUACGUGAAAUUUGCUUAUGUAGCGGAGAGGGAGGACGAACUGUCCCUUGUUAAAGGAUCCCGAGUGAUUGUCAUGGAGAAGUGCAGCGAUGGCUGGUGGAGAGGUAGCUACAAUGGACAGAUUGGCUGGUUUCCUUCGAACUAUGUGGUAGAGGAGGUUGAGGAGGCAACUGCAGAUUCACCCAGCUUUCUCAGCUUAAGGAAAGGGGCUUCCAUGAGUAACGGCCAGGGCACCAAAGUACUCCACGUUGUUCAGACACUGUAUCCAUUCAGCUCCGUCACAGAAGAAGAGCUCAAUUUUGAAAAAGGGGAAACGAUGGAAGUCAUUGAAAAGCCAGAAAAUGACCCAGAAUGGUGGAAAUGUAAAAAUUCCAGAGGGCAAAUUGGUCUUGUUCCUAAAAACUAUGUAGUAAUCAUUAGCGAUGGUCCUACCAUUAACACUUCCCAUCCGCCUCAGAUAAGCUACACGGGACCAUCUUCUACCGGACGGUUUGCUGGAAGAGAGUGGUAUUACGGGAAUGUUACCCGACACCAAGCAGAAUGUGCCCUGAAUGAAAGGGGAGUGGAAGGAGAUUUCCUUGUUAGAGAUAGUGAAUCUUCGCCCAGUGACUUCUCAGUAUCUCUAAAGGCGUCGGGGAAGAACAAACAUUUCAAGGUGCAGCUCGUGGACAAUGUCUAUUGUAUUGGGCAGCGUCGCUUUAAUACUAUGGAUGAGUUGGUGGAACACUACAAAAAGGCUCCCAUCUUCACCAGUGAACACGGGGAAAAGCUAUAUCUUGUGAAAGCACUUCAGUGACGUUGAAGAUGGACUUGGCCACCUGGGCCUCUUAUAACUUACAAGCCUUAGGUCCUAAAUUCACUUUUAUAGAGCAGAGCAAUAUCUGAAGCAGGCUUAAGGAAUAGGCUCUUUCUAAAGUGUUUGCUCUGUCGGUUGCUGUUUGUCUUUUUUUUUUUUUUGUUUGCCUCCUUUUGUGUUCCAGUUCUGUUAAUCUCCGACCACCUCCCUUCAGGUUGAGAGUUUCCCUUGGGUGGCCGUGGCGAGCACUCACCUUCCCAGCUGAGUUCAAAACUCUCCUCUCCUGUGUACGUUUACAUAGUUAGCUCAGAUCAAGGAGGGGCGUUUUCAAUUCAAACCAGUGUUAAUCCGUUCAGAUUGCUCACGCAGGCAGAACUCUCUGUUCAGAGACAUCGGGCACAGUUUGAAUGCACUGAAGCUGCAGCUACUUAAGCGAGAGAGAGUAGACGUAACAGUUGUGGCUGUGAGUUCUGUAGCUAUAUUGCUUACCAAGUAGUAUAUUACAAAAACUCCUAGUUCCUAGAAGCACUCUUUACACUGUACUCUGCUAUUACAUUGCCUCCCUGACUCUUUUUACAAAGAGUACACUAAUUAAAAGCAUUUUGUAAUAGUACUUCUUAAACUACUAUGGUAAGAUUGUAGUAAAAGAAAACUAUCUAGUGUAUUUUGGUCUGUAAUUGCAACAAAGAGAAAUUUUAUUUGAAAGUUGAUUACUAGAGAAAGAAUCAUGGAAUUGUAAAGGCUGAAUGUUUUGGUAAUCUACAACCAAAUGUGCCAUCCACAUAAUGCUUUUUCCUCUUGCCCUUCUGCUUGUUUGAAUUAAACGAUUAUGUAUUUAAUUCUCAAAGUAAUAUGUAUCUGUAGCUGAUUGUUGACACUAAUACAGAAGAUUAAUAAAAACUGAUCUUGGGAUGGGGUGGGGUGGGCUACCAACACUAUAUAUAUAUUUGCUUUACGGGAAGAGAUCUUCGGGUUUUACAGGGGAUGGCGUGGUUGGUAGGAAGAGACACACAGAAUGUUUA